AUGUCCCGGGCGGCGGUGCGGGUGCUGCGGCUGGGCGCGGUGCCGUACGCGGAGGCGCUGAGGGUGCAGGAGCGCUGUAGCGUGGUGCUGAGCGAGCCGGCGCAGCCUGUCUACACCUGGGGGCUGCGGGGAGCGCCGGGAGCGGCGGCGGCCGCGGCGCUGAGGGCCCGGGGCGCGGCGCUGGUGGCGGCUCGGCGCGGAGGCCACAUCACCUUCCACGGCCCCGGGCAGCUGCUCGCCUUCCCCGUGCUCGACCUGCGCCGCCGCCGCCUCCCGCUCCGAGCCUACGUAACCGGGCUGGAGGCGCUGGUGCUGCGGCUCUGCCGCCGCCUCGGGCUGAGCGCGGCCCGAGCCCUCCCGCCGCCCUUCACCGGGGUCUGGAUGGGUGACAGCAAACUCUGUGCCAUCGGUGUGCACUGUGGGAACCACAUCACCUCGCACGGGCUGGCGCUGAACUGCUGCACUGACCUCACCUGGUUCGACCACAUCGUCCCCUGCGGGCUGGAGGGGAAGGGGGUCACCUCGCUGAGCCACGAGCUGGGGCAGCACGUCGCCGUCAACCACGUCCUCGAGCCCUUCCUUGACUCUUUCCAGGAGGUGUUUGACUGCACUUUGGUCUCUUUGGAAGAACCCGGGGAUUAGGAUUGUUGUGGUGCCUUGGCUGGCUGUUUUGGCAGAGCCACGAGCAUCAGGGCAGCCCUGGGCAUCUCUGUUGUGAGAUGAGUUCUCGUGCCUUUGCCUGUAGACUGUGAGUGGACAGUGGCACAGCAUUUCAGGCUGCUGUUUCAACAUCCAAACCUCCACUGGGGCCAUUCUCUCUGGCCCCGUGAGCCUCCUUCCCUCGUCUGAGACCUCCAUGGGUACCACAUCCCCACAUCACUUGCUGGGGAAGUACCCAAACAGGUGCUUUUGUGGGUCUUUUUCUGCUUUUUGCCCCACAAAAAUGAAAGAUUUGUGUGAAUGCUCAUGAAUUCACAUGAAUUCAUGUGGGUCGAGCAUCCUUCCCUUGCUGAUGGGUAAAAAGAAUCAGAUUUUAUA